CACUCUUCAUUCACUCGCUCGCGACCGAAUAAGCCUGUCGCUCGUUUAGUGUUUCGAAUUUCGAAAUCGUGAUUGUGUUUUGGUUAAUAAAAUAACUAGUGGAAAUGGCGAAUCUGGCGCUUUUGGUUCCCGUGCUGCUGGUAGCUUUAUUCAUUAAAGAAGGAGAGUCCGUGCGUUGCUGGACAUGUUCGUCGGACCUUCACAACAACUACUGCUCGGAUCCCUUCAUGGCCGGCCGGAUCGACAAUCCUUACGGCGUGCAGCUGUCCAACUGCGACGCCAAUACUGGUGCUACCUACCCUUACCUCACCUCGUCCAAGUCGGCGUGCAAGAAACAGAGGAAAUAUGUAAACGGCGAGCUCGUGAUCUCUCGAGGCUGCACAUGGAAGCGGGCCGACGACUACUCCACGACCUGCCCGAGCACGUCCAACGGGCCCAACGAAGUCACCUCCUUCUGCGAGACGUGCGAUUACGACGGUUGCAACGGCGCCGGCGCCCUUGCGAAGACUGCUGCGCUAUUGCUAGCGCCGCUUGCGCUUCUUUUGUUUAAGUAAACCUAAUUUUAGUUUUUAAGGUGCCUUUUGAACGCCAGUGAUAUUAAGAUCACCAAAUUAUAAGCCUAAUAUAUCAAAACAAGAAAGUGCUCACAAAACUUAGGCCAGAGAGAAUUAUAUCUUCAAGCCGCAUGAGCUGCUGCAAAAAGAAUAUUUCUAUGAAUAUUAAAAAACUAUUACCGAUGUUCGAACCGUCGUUAAACGAUAAUGGCUGUUAAGUUUACAAACACCGUUUGGUGUAUAACAUAAUUUAUAUAAUAUGGCGUUCAAAAGGUUAAUCAUAGCCUGAACAGACUGGUGUGCGCGAUCAGCAAAAAAAAAUGCACACAAAAAAGUGGAUAGGAAACACUCGACAAAGUGCAGUCUUCGCAAGCCAGUCUUUUCGGGACCUGAUUCUCGCGGUUUUGUUUUAGCAUUUGUGAUAAGGUAUUCCGGUGUUCUGAUAUGUAUGUAGUUGAUUAGAUACAUCUCAGCAAUUAUACAGAUGCAUAGGAGUAUAUAUUAGGCAGCUAUAGACAGUUCAUUAUCAUACGUGUACGACUGGCCUUGCGAGUAGGUAUUACCUCCAUUAAAUGUUAUAAUAGGUAAUACUGUUUAUUUAGUCAAUGUAAAAUAUCAAAACAUCGGAAAACUUCGUUUACUAUGACAAAAUAAUAAUUUAUUACAUAGCAGUACCGUCAGUAAAUAAAGGGUCACAGAUUACCUUAUUACUGUAAGUAAAAAUAAAUACAUCUUCUUUCUUAGCUCGCUGUACUUCCAUGAAAAGAACCAAAUUAGUUACCCACCGUAAUGUAAGUUACUUCAUUGUUAAACAAUAACACAAAGCUGUUUAUUCGAUGACGUAUAAUGAUCAACAAAGAUCAACUACCUACCUUAUUCAAUAUGUUUAUAAACUUUUAUUCAAACAAGCCUUUGCUGUGCCUUACUUAACUGUUUUUUUUUUGUUAAUUAUUAUUAUGACUUCCAGCAUUUCAAUGUAUUUUUAUAUACCUACCAGUGUACCUAAAUAAGUAGGUGGGAUAAGCCUACUAUUCACACUAGAACUUUUACGUUAUAUUUGUAGAUAGCUUGAGUACCUAGUAAAUAAAAAUUUACCGUAAGAAGCACGAUUAAAUGUAUCUAAGAAUAAAUCAUUGUAUUACCUACAUUUUAAAACAUCCAAAUUAAUAAUAAUAAAAAAUUGACAAUUAAUAAAUGUUAGUGAAAUGUAUGAGUUGUAAAUAUUGUGUUGAGUUUAAUAACAAAGGAUGUUUUCCAUUUAAAUAACAUAAAAAAUACUUAUUUACUUCUUGCGCAGGCGUACUAUUUAUUGUGACAGUUUUUAAAUUCUGUUUUGUAAAUCUAUGUUUAUUUGUUUAAAUUAACUAUCUGGACAAUUCUUACUAAUUUAAGAAAGGUGAUAACUUUAAUAAAGUUUAACCUAGCCUAA